AUGAAUAUACUAUUUAAGCCUUUAAAAAUGGGAGAUAUGCUUUUACCAAAUAGAAUUUGUAUGGCAGCUCUAACAAGAUAACGAUGUGAAACAAAUGACUUGAUCCCAAAUGAUUUAAUGGUUAAAUACUAUACUUUAAGAGCAAAUGCUGGAUUUAUGCUAACAGAAUGCGUUCCAAUUUCUGAAAGAAGUUUAGCAUUUCCUGGAUAACCAGGAAUUUAUACAAAGGAAUAAACAUAGGGAUGGAAAAAAGUUGUAGAUAACGUACAUUAAAAAGGAGGAAGAAUAAUAGCUUAAAUUUGGCAUUCAGGGAGAGCGUGUCAUUCCUCAUUUUAAAAUGGUUUAAAAGUUUGGGCUCCUUCUGCUAUUGCUCCUAGGAGUAAAGUAAGAAGAUCAUAAUUAUUCCAUGAAAUACCUCAUGAGAUGUCAAUAGAUGAUAUCAAAUUAGUUAUCUCAUAAUUUAAACAGGCUGCUAUUAAUUGUCAAUAGGCAGGAUUUGAUGGAAUUUAAUUACAUUGUGGUACAGGAUAUUUAGUAGAUCAAUUUCUUAGAGAUAGUGCCAACAAAAGAAUUGAUGAAUAUGGAGGGAAUAUAUAAAAUAGAAGCAAAUUUUGUUUAGAAGUCCUUGAUGAAAUUAUUAAAGUUUAUGGGAAUGGUAGAGUUGGUGUUAAGAUAUCUCCUGUUGCUAGAGUUAAUGACAUGUGUGAUUCUGAUCCCCUUAAAUUAUUUUCUUAUUUAAUAAAAGAAUUUGAUAAAAGAUAAUUAGCUUUUAUUGAAUUAAGAGAUGAUAAUGAUAUCCCUAAUUACUCAAAUUAUGGAUACCCUGGAAGCAAGGAAUAAAUAUCAGAUUUAUUUUAAUCUUUUAGACCUUUAUUUAAAGGUGUAUUGAUUGGAAACAUGGGUUUUACACCUGAAACAGCUACUGAGAAUAUAGAAUUAAAUAGAUUCGAUGCUGUAACUUUCGGAAAAUUAUUUAUAUCCAAUCCAGAUUUAGUUAACAGAAUUUAAAAGAAUUAUUAAUUGAAUUACAAGUGGGAUGAAAGCACAUNUAUCAUUCAUUUAAAGCAGAAGAUAAGUAAUUUAUAUAGAAUAUGAGUACAGCGGUGUUAAAUUAAAAAAAUAAUAAUUAAUGGUAAAUAAGCAAACGUAUUGAGCAUUGUUAAAAUGACAAUGUUGAUGGAAAGUUCAAAAAUUAUCUAUAUAAAACGAGGCUUUUCUGGUGUAAUUAACUAAAAAUAGAUUAAUUAAUUAUAUUAAUGAAUAUACUAUUUAAGCCUUUAAAAAUGGGAGAUAUGCUUUUACCAAAUAGAAUUUGUAUGGCAGCUCUAACAAGAUAACGAUGUGAAACAAAUGACUUGAUCCCAAAUGAUUUAAUGGUUAAAUACUAUACUUUAAGAGCAAAUGCUGGAUUUAUGCUAACAGAAUGCGUUCCAAUUUCUGAAAGAAGUUUAGCAUUUCCUGGAUAACCAGGAAUUUAUACAAAGGAAUAAACAUAGGGAUGGAAAAAAGUUGUAGAUAACGUACAUUAAAAAGGAGGAAGAAUAAUAGCUUAAAUUUGGCAUUCAGGGAGAGCGUGUCAUUCCUCAUUUUAAAAUGGUUUAAAAGUUUGGGCUCCUUCUGCUAUUGCUCCUAGGAGUAAAGUAAGAAGAUCAUAAUUAUUCCAUGAAAUACCUCAUGAGAUGUCAAUAGAUGAUAUCAAAUUAGUUAUCUCAUAAUUUAAACAGGCUGCUAUUAAUUGUCAAUAGGCAGGAUUUGAUGGAAUUUAAUUACAUUGUGGUACAGGAUAUUUAGUAGAUCAAUUUCUUAGAGAUAGUGCCAACAAAAGAAUUGAUGAAUAUGGAGGGAAUAUAUAAAAUAGAAGCAAAUUUUGUUUAGAAGUCCUUGAUGAAAUUAUUAAAGUUUAUGGGAAUGGUAGAGUUGGUGUUAAGAUAUCUCCUGUUGCUAGAGUUAAUGACAUGUGUGAUUCUGAUCCCCUUAAAUUAUUUUCUUAUUUAAUAAAAGAAUUUGAUAAAAGAUAAUUAGCUUUUAUUGAAUUAAGAGAUGAUAAUGAUAUCCCUAAUUACUCAAAUUAUGGAUACCCUGGAAGCAAGGAAUAAAUAUCAGAUUUAUUUUAAUCUUUUAGACCUUUAUUUAAAGGUGUAUUGAUUGGAAACAUGGGUUUUACACCUGAAACAGCUACUGAGAAUAUAGAAUUAAAUAGAUUCGAUGCUGUAACUUUCGGAAAAUUAUUUAUAUCCAAUCCAGAUUUAGUUAACAGAAUUUAAAAGAAUUAUUAAUUGAAUUACAAGUGGGAUGAAAGCACAUUUUAUACAAAAGGAAAAAAAGGAUAUCUUGAUUAUCCCCUAUUUGAAGAAAAUUAAGAAUGA